AUGCAACAUUUAUCGAAAGAAAAUAAACAAUUUAUUGCUUUUCAAUUACUAUCAGAUAUGAUAUUUCGAUUAGAUCAAACAAUAUAUGGUAAAGAUGAACUUUUACAAUUUUAUCGAUCAAAAUAUCAAAAUAACACCAUAGAAACAAAGAAAAUCAAUGAUUUUGAAAAGAAAUAUGAAUCAAAAGAUGCUGUAAAAUGGUUUCCAAAAGAUUGUUUAUUUAUAUCGUCUAUUAAAUCAAUCCCUUCAAAUUGA